AUGCGGAACUUUAUUCCAGACCAGACGACACAUACUACAAGACUGCGAACGAUACAAGGACUACCGACACCUACUACAAAAAGUGAGCGACACCAUCGACCUCCCGAAGCACUGGGAGAGUUCCUGCAGGCGAGCGGAGCAUUCACGAAGACGGGGGAAAAGAGAGCGGGGAGGAGAACAGCGAGGUGGGAAGACGAACCAGAACCAGAGCCAGAAGGAGAGGAGACCGACGACGAGACGUCAAACGGAGAUGACGCAGACGACAACGAGGAGGAGGAGGAGGACACGAACAACAAGCUCCCACGUGGCGGAGCGGAGGACCAUAGCGACACAUGGUACUAG